GACUGGUCUUGCCUACUCGCUCGCUCGCUCGCUCGCGUCGGGGCGGAGCUGCUUCUUGCGCUUCAGCUGAUGACCCCUGGCUUCUUGAGUUUGCCCGAGGCCUCGAGAGAUGAAAUAGGCUGGCAAAAGUCGGGAGAGUUAGUGCGGGCAGAGGAUGCGUGUAGAAUGGGAUAGUGCGAUACGCUACGUCCGAGCAGUACGAUUGGUUCUCCGAGAUUUGAAUUUUUUUGAGUCGGGCUCCGGCGAGCAGAGAGUCAUUUUCGGACGUUGCACUGGUGCAGGAACCGGAGCAGGAAUCGAGGAAGGGCCACGGACUGGUACGAGUCUCGCCCGGGCUCUCUGCACCAGCAUCCGCAGCAGCGCUGUUUCGAGCAGAUCGGAGCCGGAUGGCCGAGCAAAGCUGCAAUUGCUGCGCCCCGUCGUUGCCAUGAACGCUCAGUCGAUGCUGUAAGGAGCGUCCGUGAUUUGGUCUGAACUCUCGGGGACGUGCGUUUUGACAGUGUCGUCUGGUCUCGUAGCUGCGUAGAUUGCUGAAGGGUAGCUUCAGAGAGCUUACUUUUCAGCUUCUGCACAUGUUGGAAUUAAGUCGAACUUGCACUCGCUCGUCUGUAGUGGACCAGUUCAGAACCUUCAGAUUACAGGGGAGGCCUGAGAGCGUUUCUCACGAGAAGUUGCAUUUUGCACGAUUGGCUCAAGAUUGGGCGACAUUGUGUUGAUUCGAUACAAUGAUCUCGGGACCGUCCAGUGGAGGCAGGCAUAAGCAUUGCCCUCUCGUCUGUGCUUGGGAUCUUAUUUGUAUAGGUAGAGGGAACGAGGUGUUUACUUUGGUAUUCGGAUGAGAACUCACGCCCAAUUUUAGUCGAGGUCAAUUCCCGAAGCUGUCAGACAGGAGCUGAAUUGUUUCCAGCCAUGGAGAGUGCCGACGGGGUUCCCUCAGAGUGCGCAUAUGGCAUCGGGGGAAGUGUGGACAAGGAUGCAACUCUUGCAGUCAAAGUAGCUCUGAAUAUUCGACCCUUGAUAGGAUUGGAGCGGCUUCAAGGCUGUAAAGACUGCAUCACAGUUGUCGCUGGAGAACCACAGGUGCAAAUAGGUUCACAUUCGUUCACCUUCGAUCAUGUUUAUGGGAGUACAGGAGCACCCAUGUCCGUUAUCUUUGAAGAAUGUGUAGCUCCUUUGGUCGAGGGAUUGUUUCAAGGUUACAAUGCCACCGUACUUGCCUACGGACAGACUGGUUCAGGGAAGACGUAUACUAUGGGAACUGGAUACACCGUGGGAGGCAGUACGGAAGGAGUUAUACCGAAAGUCAUGGAGACUAUAUUCCAAAGGGUCGAAACUUUGAAACAGAAAGCAGAUUUUCAAAUUAGAGUGUCCUUUAUAGAGAUUUUGAAGGAAGAAGUUCACGACUUGCUUGACCCUACUCCUCCUGCAACGGUCAAAGCCGAUUUGACCAACGCUGCUGGAUUUGGAAGUGGAAGCACGAAAGCAAUGACCUCUGGGAAACCGCCGAUACAGAUCAGAGAGACCACCAAUGGGGGAAUUACCCUUGCUGGUGUAACAGAGACUGAUGUUACCAGUCAAGCUGAGAUGGCACUGUGUUUAGAACAGGGAUCGUUGUGCCGCGCCACAGGCAGUACCAUGAUGAACACACGCUCCAGUCGAUCGCAUGCGAUUUUUACAAUUACGCUGGAGCAGCGCCGGAAGUGGGAGAUGCCUAUGGAUGGAGGUAGUAUGAUGCUUGAAGAUGCCGGUGAAGACUAUUUGUGUGCGAAGUUGCAUCUCGUAGAUCUCGCCGGUUCCGAACGAGCAAAAAGAACGGGUGCAGAUGGAGUACGUUUCAAAGAAGGCGUUCACAUCAACAAAGGUCUUCUUGCCCUUGGAAAUGUUAUCAGUGCCCUUGGUGAUGAAAAGAAGCGGAAAGAGGGUGGGCAUGUUCCGUACAGGGAUAGUAAGCUCACUCGUCUCCUGCAGGAUUCACUCGGAGGCAAUAGCAGGACAGUUAUGAUCGCUUGUGUUAGUCCAGCUGAUUCAAACGCAGAAGAGACGCUAAACACGUUGAAAUACGCCAACAGAGCAAGAAACAUUCAGAACAAACCCACAAUUAACCGCGAUCCAAUGGCGGCAGAGAUGCAGCGGAUGCGUCAGCAGCUGGAAUUAAUGCAAGCAGAACUUCUCUGUGCUCGGACGGGAAGUGCACCAGAAGAAGUCCAGUUGCUGAAGCAGAAGAUCGUCUGGCUGGAAGCGAGCAAUUCCGAUAUGCGCCAGGAGCUCAAGGAGACCCGUAGCCAAAUACAAGAUCUGAGUGAAAAAGCGUUGGAGGCACGGGUAGAGCGCGACAGGUUUCACUUGAAACUUGAAAAGCUUCGUUCUGGAAAGACUUUCGAAGAAAUUGACGAGGAGGGCGACCUAGAGGGUGAGGGAUUGCUCAAACAGCACCUCUUACGUAUUCAGGAGCUUGAAGAUCAGCUUCAAAAGAUUGAAAUGUCCGGAGUGCCGACCAGCCGGUCUGUCGUCUCUCGCAUAGCUCUCACAGAUGUAGACGCGGCGUCGAGAAUUGUGGAUUUUCCAGAUAUUUCCAAUGGCGAUGCCUCGUCCUUGGAUUUGGUGCUUCCCACUGCUGCAGAAGGAGAAGCUGCCGAUCCAGAAGCUAAAGCCAAGGAAGCAGAGCAUGCUCAGCUACAAGAGAACCUUGAUAAGGAACUACAAGAGCUGAAUAAACGUCUCGAACAGAAAGAGGCGGAGAUGAAAAGUUUUGCACGCCCAGACGCGGUCGUCCUCAAGCAGCAUUUUGAAAGAAAAUUGGUGGAGCUGGAAGAGGAGAAGAAAGUUCUGCAGAAGGAGCGUGAUAUGCUGAUGAGCGAACUAGAAACUCUGGCCACUACGUCUGACGAGCAGACUCAUAAGAUGGAAGAGUCCUACAGCACGAAGCUCAAGAAUCUUGAGACGCAGAUAUCGGAUUUGAAGAAGAAGCAGGAGAAUCAAUCUCAACAUCUGAAGGCAAAGCAACGUGCCGACGAGGCAGCCAAGCGGUUGCAAGAGGAGAUUCAUCGCAUUAAGACCCAAAAGGUUCAACUGCAACAGAAAAUCAAGAGUGAAUCGGAACAGUUCCGCUUGUGGAAAGCGUCCCGCGAGAAGGAGCUCCUCCAGCUUCGAAAAGAGGGUCGGAGAAAUGAGUACGAAAUGCACAAGCUACAAGCCCUGCAUCAGCGUCAAAAGAUGGUACUGCAAAGGAAGACUGAAGAAGCAGCUGUGGCUACCCGUCGACUGAAGGAGCUUCUUGAGGCUCGCAAAGCUCCAAAAGAUUCUGCUCAAGGUGUUCCCGGUGUCGGUGGUUCAACACAGAACAACGAGAAAACCCUUCAGAAUUGGCUGGACCAAGAGCUGGAAAUGGCUGUACGUGUUCACGAAGUCCGGUCAGCAUAUGAGAAACAAACGGAAGAGCGAGUGGAUUUCGCCAGGGAGCUGCAAGCUCUCAAGGAGGAAGAAGAAAUGCUGCAGAGUGCUGUCAAUCCCAGUCCUUCCAUGUCUCCAGGUGCAAGGAGUGCACGCAUUCGCUUGCUAGAGACCUUGUUGAACUCCUCUUCAAGUGCGCUGGUAGCGAUGGCUUCUCAGCUAUCUGAAGCUGAGGAGCGAGAGAGAAUAUAUGGUGGCAGGGCCAGGUGGCAACAUUUGCGGUCAAUGGGAGAUGCAAAGAGUCUAUUACAAUUGACGUUUGAUGCCGCAGCAUUUGCCAAAUGCCGGCUCGGAGAUAUUGAAGAUGAGCACAAGGAGUUCAAGGAGAAGAGUAUUGAACUCGAACAGCUGUUGCGGCAAAGUGAGUCUCGUCGCAAGGAUCUCGAGAGGCAAAACUGGGCAAGGGAACAUACUGGAGUGUCAUCUCUCACCACAAUUACCGAUGCUGGUUUGAAUAUCGGAAUGAAGCAAGAAGUCAGCCAAAAAGGCAAAGCUGGCGUUGGCGCUCUCCGUACUCAGGCUCCUCAGACAAGAACGCGGUCUAAGACCCUUCUAGAGCAAAUGCAAAGUGAACAAGCCUCCUCUGCAAACGAGGGCCAUCCAUACACAACAAGAAAGGCUGGACGCGGUUCUGCGAACACGACGGAAGCUCCAUAUUUGGAGAGUGACAGCUCCGAAGGGGAGUUGGACAUGGACACAGAACAGUCGGACGAAGAAUGGAAUGAAGAUAUGGAAAGGCAGGCAGUCAGGAGCAACCGAGCACUUGGUGGUUUUAGACUUUCAAGACAAAAGUCCAUGUCCCUAGACAGAAAUCGGAGCGGUUCCCAUAACGGACUGCAUAGUCAAGAGCAAGAGCCUUUUGGGGUCAAAUUGUCACGCUCAAGCUCAGGUGGUCUCUGCGGGUCCGGGUGUGGGUGCAAAGCAGGCAAGUGCAACAACCGUGAAGCUUUGGAGGUGGAAGAGGAACCAUCCUCGGUGGCCAAUUCCGUUCAAAUGGAAAUGGCAGAAACCGUGGCGUCUGUCGGAGUGGAUCAAACACAGCGACGAUUCAAUGACCCGGGUGAGACCGGGAAGCCCUCUUCUGGGGUAGAGGUCGGAGAGCACGUCACAAAGAGAGCCGAGAGAUUGCUGGCAGUGCAUGUCGCGACCCUUCUGGAAAGUGCAUGGAAAGAGGAGACUCAAAACGCUGAAGUCCAGGAAGAGGUUGAUUACCGGGAUGCCAGUCGAGAUGGAGAAGAUGAGGUUGUGGCGAAGAAGCCUCAACGGCGUGCUCUGAAGGAUAUCGGCAAUACCAAGGUAAAUGUAAAGGGUAGGCCAAUCGCAAAGCAGAGAAGAAGGCAAACAGCCCUAAUUCAGCUUGUGCCAAUUCCACCACCUCCAAGCUCCACCUCAGGCAUAGCAGCAACGGCCUCUGCCCUCGCAGCUGCCACCGCUGCCGCAGCUAUUCCCAAUACUGUUCCAGCUAAUGUACCUGUUGUCGUUCCGGAAUUAGUAAGUCCAUUGUGGAGACAACAAAGUUUACAAAGGAGAAAUAAUAGUCCUCAACUGAGUCCGCUGCGCGUUCGAGCUAACAAGGUUGGAGACUCGAAUUCUGGCGUUGGGAGCAGCAACGAUGAUGCUGGAGCUACCAAGAAUGUCAAGGCUGGAAAUAGUUCCGGAAGUCCUACUGGUCCGGCUCGGGUAACAGAUGAAAAGGAGAACAUACAAAGAAACUCAUUUGUAUGAUCAUUCAUAUUCUUUUGCCAUACAAAAUCUAGUUUUGUAUGAUGAGUCGAGAAAAUUACUGAUAGCCGGGUAGUGCCUACUUUUGAGUAUGCAAUCAGUCGUCUGGUACUUGUAAACAGAAAGAAAAUGUGGCUUGAUGCAGGUGUCUGCAAACAAUGUGUCUGUAAUUAUGAGCGCAGUACCCGCAGAAAGAGGACUUAGUUCACAAACUUAUCUGUGAUCUAGUGUCACCGAAAGUUUUGCUUAUACACGAGCAGAGAAAUUUUAUUUAGGCGUCUUAUACAUCCAGUCGACCUUUAUGAUCCAAGUACAUCCCAAGACUAUUAUUGCCUUCGUAGCACGCCCCAUCAUUAGCUGUUUCAAUUGAGUCUGGAAAUCAUGCGGCUUCAAUUCAGGCCAUGUUCUUUGUGGACACAGACAUAUUUGAGCUAGCUUUCGCAGCCUGGAAAAUGUAAAAACUGAUCCCACUUAUCCUCGGGCUUUGUCGGGGAAUGUCCUGAGGCUUUUCAGGCUGUGCAGUGACUCUGACCAGCCUUAGACCUUUUCCCCUCGGCAGUCUUGUAUUUUAUCUCCUGACUACUGGUCUUCACGAACUGUCACUUAGAACUUCGUAGAGGACCGGACAGAGGGCUGCAGCCAGAUUGAGAGUAGUUAAGUAAUGUCUAGCAGGUAGUUCAGUAUCACAAUUUAUACAGAAUUUGGACAAAAUUUCUUUUGUUGUCUAAAUUGGAUUCAAUGAAGAGUUGAUUCAACACC